AAACAAAAAAAAAAAAAAAUCCUUUUUAUUAAUCUUCUCAUUAUUAAUAGUCAUAAAAAAAGGAGCAUAUUCAAUUUGCAUAAUCAUCUACACAACAUUAAUAAACCUUUUUUCCAUUUUCAUAUAUAGUGGAAUUUGAGCCGUCAGAUUUGAUUUGAGAUGGGGAAAGAGAUUCUGGAUUACGUGCUGGUGCCGGCGGGGCUUGCGGUGAUGAUCGUCUACCACUUGUGGCUUCUCCGGCAGAUCAUCCGCCGUCCAUCAACCACCGUUCUCGGCGUCAACGCCGUUAACCGCCGCCUUUGGGUUCGCGCCAUGAUGGAGGACACAGCGAAAAACGGUGUGCUAGCCGUGCAGACCCUUCGCAACAACAUAAUGGCUUCGACCCUCUUGGCGACCAUGUCCAUCACGCUAAGCUCUGUCAUGGCCGUUCUCAUGUCAAGAGGUGGUGGGCCCCACCUCUCGACCUCUGACAACAACAACAACAACAGCAACAAAAAGCUCGGUUUCUCCAUUAAGUUCUUCUCCAUACAAGUGUGCUUUCUCAUUGCAUUCCUCAUGCACGUGCAGUCCAUACGUUACUAUAGCCACGCGAGCAUGCUCAUCAAUGUGCCGAGCGACAUCGGGAGGGGGAAGGGCGUGGUGGGCCCGGGUUUCGAGGAUCGUGUGACGGUUGAGUAUGUUUGUGGGACCGUGAACCGGGGGAGCUAUUUUUGGUCGUUGGGCCUUCGGGCUUUCUACUUCUCGUUCCCAUUGUUCCUUUGGAUAUUUGGGCCGAUCCCAAUGGUGUCGUGUUGCGUCUUGUUGGUUUUCUUGUUGUAUUUUCUCGAUUUCAUUUUGGACUCGCGCUGCACGUUCUCGUCUGUCAGAAGAGGUGAUCGGGCGCGGGAGGAGGGGCAAAAUCGUAAUUUAGGCGGGGAGGGUGAGGAGAGUAGCAUGGAGAAAGAGAUUCUGGAUUACGUGUUGGUGCCGGUGGGACUUACGGUGAUGGUCGCCUAUCACUUAUGGCUGCUCCGCCAGAUCAUCCGGCGCCCCUCCACCACCGUCCUCGGCAUCAACGCCGCCAGCCGCCGCCUGUGGGUUCGCGCCAUGAUGGAGGACACGGCAAAAAACGGGAUAUUAGCCGUGCAAACCCUCCGAAACAACAUAAUGGCUUCGACCCUCCUUGCCACCAUGGCCAUCAUGCUCAGCUCCGUCAUCGCUGUCCUAAUGUCGGGUGGCGGAGCGCCAGGUGUCGCCAGCAGUGGGCCCCACAGGCCGGUCUAUGAGGACAAAAAUAACAGGCUCGGUUUCUCCAUGAAGUUCUUUUCGAUACAAGUGUGUUUUCUCGGGGCUUUCCUUUUGCUCGUGCAGUCGAUACGAUACUACAGCCACGCGAGCAUGCUUAUAAACGUGCCCAACAACAUGGACAAAAGCAAAAACAAGAAUAUUGGCUUUUGUAAGGACCGAGUGACGGUGGAGUACGUGUGUGGGACCGUGAACCGGGCUAGCCAUUUUUGGUCGUUGGGCCUUCGGGCUUUUUACUUCUCGUUCCCUCUAUUUCUGUGGAUUUUUGGGCCGGUGCCCAUGUUCUCGUGCAGCGUCUUGCUCGUUUUCUUGCUGCAUUUUCUGGAUUUCGUUGUGGAAGAUCGCGGGUUGGGGGAGGAGGGGCAGAAA